AUGUCCUUCACAAUGGAGGAUCAUCUGGAGUCAGGAUGGGUGGCAGUCCGACCAAAUGCGUUUGAGGAGAGAGAAAAGCAUAAAUUUGUUUUUAUCGUCGCCUGGAAUGAAGUGGAGGGUAAAUUUGCAAUUACGUGUCACAACAGGACGGUGCAGAGGAGAAGCUUUGGUGGAGACAAAACAAAAUGGCCUGAAAGUCCUGUCAGAGAUAAAGUAUCUAAGGAGGCUGCAGUGGUUAAAGCCAAGUCCAUCAUAGCAACACAAUCAAGUCCUGUCAUAAUCCAAACUGUGAUUACAUCUCCCAUUAGUCCUGACAACGAGGUGUUCAAAGCCCUGAGAGAGGACCUCUUGUCCCCAUCACUGGACAGCUUGGACCUGGAGGAACUGGACUGUCUGAGCAGGGAAGACUGCAGCUGGGCCGGACUCUUCUCCUUCCAGGACCUCAGAUCAGUCCACCAUCAGCUGUGCUCGGUGAACUCGGACCUAGAGGCUUGUCUCCCAGUGUUUCCAGAGGAACCAGCCGGUGUGUGGACGGUGCUCUUCGGCACUGCAGAGGUACCUGAGACCGAAAUGGAUGAGCUUUGCUACAGUUUACAGAUGUACCUGGGCCACACGCUCGAUACCUGCGGAUGGAAGAUCCUUUCACAGGUGCUGUUCACGGAAAAAGACGACCCAGAGGAGUACUAUGAGAGCCUGAGUGAGCUGAGGCAGUCCGGGUAUGAAGAGGUGCUCAACCGUGCAACAAAACAUCUGCAGGAGCUGCUGGAGAAGCACAAGACCAUGGACAGUAUGGUGGAGCUGUUGGAUCUGUAUAAGGAGGAAGAUGAGGCCUAUGGAGGACUGCUUGAGGCCUCAACACAGCUGUACCAGUACCUGCUGCAGCCCUUCAGAGACAUGAGGGAACUAGCAAUGCUACGCAGACAGCAGAUCAAGAUUUCCAUGGAGAAUGACUACCUUGGCCCAAGGAGGAUUGAAGCUCUAAAAAAAGAGGACUAUGACUGGCAGAAGAAGGCUCAGGAGGCAGUCCUCAAUAUCCAGGAGUAUACUAUAAAAUACUUUGAGAUCACUGCCAGAGCCCAGAAAGGGGUGUAUGAACGUAUGAAGGUGGACCAGCGUAAGUUUGGUAAAUCUUCAUGGACAGCAGCGGUGGAGCGCAUGGAGAGACUCCGCUACUCUGUCACCAAGGAAACACUGCAGCUCCAGAGAGCCAGGGAGAUCUGUCUGGAGCAGAGGAAACGCACACUUCGAGAGGAGAUGCAGAGUCUGUGUAGCAGUGAAGAUGCCAUGGCCCUCCUAGACCACAUGGAGACACAAUACUAUGAACGCCAGCUCCAACUGUACGACAUCCAGGCUGAGAUACUGCAGUGUGAAGAGCUGCUCCUCACCGCUCAACUAGACAGCAUUCGCAGACAGAUGUCAGAGUUUCAAGAUGAGGUGGUUUACUAUGACACCUUUGAAAGUGCAGAUGAUAUAAAAGAAGACAAUACUGCAGAUAGAGAAGAGCUGCGCAGACUUCAGGUCAGCGCUCGUCAACUGGAGGCGAGAAGGGGGCGCAUCACUGCCAAACGUUCCUAUCUGAGGAACAAAAGGGAGAUCUGUGUAUCGAACCACACUCAGAAACAGCAGACACGUAAAACCACCCACAAGGACUCAAUAUCCCACCAGGUAUUACAUCUGAAAAAUGAAGAAGAGGAAGACGAGGAAAAGAAGAAUAGCAGAGUUAGUCAGGAGAGGCAGAGAACUCUAGACAGACUACGCACUUUCAAGCAGCGGUACCCAGGUCAGGUGAUCCUGAAGUCCAUUCGCCUACGCGUGACCCACACCAGAAGAAGAGAGCGUGGAAGGAGCAUGGAAAUGAGUAGUGUGAGUGAGAGGGAGGAGCGUGUGGAGGCGCAGGGUCACCCGCUGUGUCUGAGUACCAGUGUGCAGACGGACCCCAGCUCCACACUCACCACUCAGCCCGUCACGGUCCUCACAGCAUCUCUUCCUCCUCUGCCUGUGCCCAGUCCUGCAGACACCUCCUGCUCUCCCUGCUCCCUGUCCUCACUACUGGCAUCCCCCAUGUCCCCUCCUCCUCCACCUCCCCCUCCCCCUCCCCUGCCAAUAAAGGAAGAGCUUUCUCCUUCUAGGAGCCCAGGUCGGCAUGGGCAGAAGGUAGAGGGGAAGAAUGCAGCAGAAGAACUCUCCCUCUCCCCACUCGGUCCAUUUAUGCCUCGCUUCUUUGACAGCAGUCAACUGUUGAGUGCCCGGAAAAAGCUGAGGAAGACUCCAGAGUUUGACUCCCAAAGCAGACGAGAGAGCUCGCCCAUGGACGAGGUGCUAGCCUCCCUGAAGAGAGGCAGCUUCCACCUGAAGAAGGUCGACCAGCGCUCUCUUCAUCCUUCCACGGAUGACGAUGACCCCAAUAGCAUCUUGGCUCAGAUUCGAAAGGGGGUCAAACUGAAGCGCGUCCCCAGGAAAGAGGGAAAGGACAAAGGAGAGCUCCCGGCCUCCACCGACCCUCUGACCAGGAGCAUCCAUGAGGCACUGCGCCGCAUAAAGGAGGCCUCACCAGAGUCUGACUCGGACGACGACGGGCUGGCCGCCCAUGAGUGGGAGAGCUAGGGUUCAACCCUCAGAAGCAACAAAUAAUACGCACACAUAUGCCUGCAUCCUCUGGCACUGCACACACUACUGUUUUUUACUGUAAAGUGCUAAAUUGUACUGCAAACACACACAAACAAACAAACAGUUACUCAUUCACUCGCACUCAAGCACACACAGCCCAGUCACACAUAGUGACUAUGCCAUUGCCCGAGUCAUACUGAAUAUCACCAACUCAUCAACCUUUUCAUUUGUUUUUCACACUACAUUCAUCAUCAUGAAGGACAUCAUUUGUGUUUUUUAUUUCU